AUGGAACUGCUCUAUGAAAGAUCACCAAAAAAUGAUUAUAUUAGAAUUGGAGUAAUAGACCUACAAGAUACUUCUAAAAACCGUUCAAAUAUUUACAAAUAUGUUAAAAACAAAUUAACUGAUAAUACUAAUUUUUCAUCAAAAUUCGAGGAGUUUAUAUCUUCUAUUGCUGAUUUAAAUGUUAUAAAAUUGUUAGAAUCAACAAAAAAAUUCAAUAACCUUGAUGAUAUUAUCAAUACAAUCAAUACAUAUCAAAAAUUUGAAGAUUAUCUUUCUUUUAAUCAAAAUAGUAUUUUUUUAAAAUUUAUACUUGAUACUUUAAGAGUUUAG